AUGAUGGACAUAUAUCACAAAGCUUUAAAGAAUCCAGACCCCCCCAAAAAGUCUGACAAACCAAAAGAUCCAGAUCCAAUACCAUUGACAGGACAACAGCAGUACUCAAUAAGUAAUAUAUACCCCUCCCAACAACCCCCACAACAAUUGGCUCAAACAACAGCUUAUACUACAGCGGCACGUCCACCCUUACCUCCAAUAAGUCAGUCAAUUCCUACAUCCAUUCUCAUAGAUAAAUCUUCUUCCUCACCUCCAGAAUUAAAAGACAAUAAUAUUUCAAAGAAAAAGAAGAAUUCCAGAAGAAAACAUAGAAAUUCUCAUUUGGGUUGUGGAACCUGUAAGCGUAGAAGGAUUAAAUGUGAUGAAACUUUACCGGCAUGUUUAAAUUGUUUAAAGGGGAAACUACAUUGUGCAUACCUUAACCUAGAUGGAAGUGCAAGAAAUGCGCUUCGGAUGGCACAAUAUAACCAAAAUUUACGACAAGAAAAAUUUGAUGUCUAUAAACAAGAUGAUGAAACUAAUAAUGUCACUAUAUCCAAUACAAAUACGAUGAACCCUGGAAAUCCCCCGGCACCAACAAUCGCACAACAGCAGCAACAACAACUGCAACUGCAACUGCCAAAUGUAUUCCCGUUAAAUCCUAUAAUAUCAAAUCAAGGAAAUACGCAAUUUAUUGCAGCACAAGCUUCGACGGCUGGCACAACCCUUCAGUCUGUUCCACCACCAGGAAUGCCGCUCAAUACUGCAACUGCGCCACAGGCUCCACCAACUGGCGGGGCUACUGCUCCAUCAGGAAUAGUGCAGUCCCCUUAUGGACCACUAGUGCCACUCCUCACUAACUCUGGCUCGGUGGUAUACGCUCCAACUUCCGGCUUUGCUCCAUCUGGACAUACAAUGCCCAUACAGAUCGUAGCUACAUUGCCAACUCAAUCUCAACUUAUGUCGGGCCCACCUCAAUUAGCUACCACAUCUAUGCAACCCAUGAUGCCUGGGGCAACACAAGAACAAUACCAACAGCAGUUACAACAACAACAGCAGCAACAGCAGCAGCAAAGUGAGCAACAACAACAUGAGCAUAGACAACAAUAUCAACAACAAUUGCAACCAUCACCACCGCAACAACUUCAAUCUCAACAACAGCAUCCUUCAUUAGUACCCAUAACAUCAACGGCUGCAUCUACUGCCGCAAUGGCAUCCCAAUCAAUCCCAGUCAAACUGGAAGAACAAUCCAGUUCUCUUCUUCCUCCCAUCCCAUCAAAUUCAUCGAGUAUUUCCUCAAAUACGGAAUUAAAACUCCCACCAUUAAAAUCGGCUCAGUCUUCAUAUACCGACUUAAAGAACUUUACCAAUAAUAAUGAGACCUCCCCGGAUAGAUCGCCACUCUUGCCUAGCUUAUCGGCACAAUUUAGACCAGAGGCGGAAGUUAGAGAUAUGGAACCUAGUGUGGUUAAGUUGCCCAGUAUUUCGAAUUUGUCUAAGGAUGUCUCGACUUCGCCUAGGACGUCUGGAGUGGCUGGUGUUGCUGGGAAUGGUGGUGCAGCAACAAGUCAGGAGAAGGUGCCUAUAUCGAAAUUGAUUUCAUAA